GAGACGGAGCUGAGGGUCGACCCUGCGGAGGCUGGGCAGUGCGCGGGCCGUGCGGAGGCUCUGAGCCGGCUGUGCGGAGGCUGUGCGCGGGCUGUGCGGUGGCUCUGAGCCGGCUGUGCGGAGGCUGUGCGCGGGCUGUGCGGUGGCUCUGAGCCGGCUGUGCGGAGGCUGUGCGCGGGCCGUGCGGUGGCUCUGAGCCGGCUGUGCGGAGGCUGUGCGCGGGCCGUGCGGAGGCUGUGCGCGGGCUGUGCGUUAACAGAAGGAUCCAUGGAGAACAGUGAAAACUCAGUGGAUGCUAAGUCCAUCAGGAAUUCGGACAUAAAGCCCUUCCAUGGCAGCAAAUCAAUGGACUCUGGAAUAUCCUCACAAAAUGACAAUACUUACAAAAUGGAUUAUCCUGAAAUGGGCUUAUGUAUAAUAAUCAAUAAUAAGAACUUCAAUAAAAGUACUGGAAUGGCGCCUCGGUCGGGUACCGAUGUCGAUGCAGCAAACCUCCAGGAAACCUUCAGGAACUUGAAAUACGAAGUCAGAAUCCAAAACGAUCUUACCCGCGAGAAGAUUGUGGAACUGUUGCGUGGCGUUUCUAAAGAAGAUCAUAGUAAAAGGAGCAGUUUUGUCUGCGUGCUUCUAAGCCAUGGUGACGAAGGAGUAAUUUAUGGAACAAACGGACCUGUGGACCUGACAAAAUUAACGAGUUUUUUCCGAGGGGAUAACUGCAGAAGUCUGGCUGGAAAGCCCAAACUUUUCUUCAUUCAGGCCUGCCGAGGUACAGAACUGGACUGUGGUAUUGAGACUGACAGUAAUGCAGAUGAUGACAUGGGGUAUCAGAAAAUUCCAGUGGAAGCAGACUUCGUGUAUGCCUAUUCUACAGCUCCUGGUUACUACUCCUGGCGAAACUCAAAGGACGGGUCCUGGUUCAUCCAGUCGCUCUGUGCGAUGCUGAAGCAGUACUCGGACAAGCUGGAGCUCAUGCACAUCCUCACCCGGGUCAACCGGAAGGUGGCAACCGAGUUCGAGUCCUUCUCCUUUGACUCCACUUUUCACGCAAAGAAACAGAUUCCGUGCAUUGUGUCUAUGCUCACCAAAGAACUGUAUUUUUAUCACUAAAGACAUGUAUAGUUUUUCUUUUUUUAGUUUCGUUUCCAAGUGGGAAAAAUGAUUUUAUAUUGUGUCUCCCCUCAUUUAAAUCUAUUCUGGUACUCCCAGGGAUACCUUCAUAGCAAUAGAGCCACUAUGACGCUACCUCAAACUAAGAAUCGGGUAGUUGAAAUUGAAUUGAAUUAGGAAUAAGUAAAGGGUAGCCAUACAAUUAUAAGAAGUGAUUGUAAAUCAAAAGCUCUGAUAAUUGGCAAGUUUUAGUGGUGCUAUGCUCUGAAUUUUCAAGUAAUUAUGGAGUUAAACAUUGAGUAACGAUUCUCAUUGAUACUGAUAUGCUCUCAUUCAAGAGUAUGCAUUCUAGUUUUCAUCAAACUAUUGCAAUGAUGAUAGAAUAAUGUGUGGUGACGGGAAUAACCCGUGUCCUAGAAUUUAGGGGCCAUGUGCAUGGUCAAAGGCAUGAGGAUCUUGAUUUGGGGAUCGAUAUCUUUGGAUGACUUAGCUGUGUGUUUAGGCCAUUUAUCAGAGCAUAUGGUAAUGUUUAUGCUGAACAUGUAUUUGUUGUAAAAAAUCAUGUUUGCUGUUGAAAAAGAACCUAAAUAUUUCACUGGAAAGUGUGAGCAAUCUAAGUUGAUACUCACCAGUAGGAGAGAGUUAGAACUCUAAGGUGCUCUUCUGCCCGCACGUUCUCCUGGUGUGUCCCUGAGCAACCGGAAGAGCUGAUAGGUAAAAACCUCCCAGUGUGUCCCUGAGCAACCUGAAGAGCUGAUAGCAUCGUGAAUUGAAGACAUUCCAUGGGAACACACUGAAAUACAACUGAGAUGGCACACCGAGAACUGUGAGCAGGACCCAGUAAGUCAGUGUGGGCCCUCUGUCAUACAAGGUGGCUUGGGCCUAAGCACAGACAGCACAGCCUGUGUGAUGAAGGCAGGAAUGCAGGCUUCGGCUCCGGGAACAGGACUGUGUGCGUGGAGAGUGCCCCCAAGGAUGCUCUCCAAAUGCCCGAACCCAAUCAGAAAUGAGAUGGAAGCUUCCAAAGAUGAUGAUAGUCAGACAAAAACGAGCGCGCUCUGUUCUGCUGAAGUCUGCAAUCGAAGGGAAACGGUGCUGUUAUCAUGGCUUACGGCUCUCCCAAAUGCAAGGGCCGCGGCACACAGGACUGAGAAGGCAUCCAGUCUCCAUUGGCGCCCAUGAAACAAGGCGGGGGAGCAGGCGUGUGCGCGCGCGCACACACACCCCCAGCCCUGGAGGCGGGCUCCAGCUCCUCACUCGGGAGGCCUGGCUCAUUCUUCUCAAGCUUCCUUUUGCUCAAAGAAAGCAACUCCCACUUGUAAAUGACGGGUUUUGGUGGAGUUUUUUUUUUUUUUACUAUAACUUUUUCUAAGUAAACACAGCAUGCAACCGUAUCCACAAGUGUGCUCCUAUAUGAUGAUUUUGUAAAGAAUUGUUACGAAUUUUUAUUUCAAAAUAUAAAUUCUAACAAAAUUA